UUAAGUAACUCAUAUACCUUACAAGGUUAAAAUAACACUGGGUUUGUCUUACUGAAAAUAUAGUAUGGCGAAAUAACAAUUCUCUUUUAAAUAAAUGUGCAUUUUGCAAUAGAGCAUUUCAUAAAUUAAGACUAUAAUCGAUUAAUAUGGGGGCUGGGUUGCCCUGGCAACAAUAAAUUGUUUAAUCGACUUUAAGUAGUUAAAAAAAUGUCAACUCUAGAGGAUUUGCAAAAAAUACAGGAUUACCAAGAAUAUACCUAUAAGAAUCCUGGAAGAGAAUCGUUAUUAGAGAAGUAUAGGAUCCCUAUACAGAAUUUUGACUUUGAAUAUGUGUCAAGCUCCAAAAAUGCUACGGAAUUAGAAAAAAUGAUCAAUGUCCUGAAAUCAGGACAGGAAGGAUAUUACCCCGAAUUGCUAAGAGCCACAGAGGAUCGAUUAAGAUUACUGAAGCCCAACAGUAGGUUUUUAAGGCAGCGCACUUUGGUUUUGAACAAGAAAGACUUGAAAAAAGAUGAAGUGGAUCAAAUCGCGAAUGAUUUGCAAAAAUGGGUGACUGACGUGAGUAGAUGCAGCAGAGAAUUGGACGAAAGAAAAUGUAAUAAAGUAAGCUCUGAUAUCGGAAUAAGACGCUUUGAACACGAACCCGAACCUCUGAACCUAGUUAAAAAGAAAAACGAUCAAAAAAUCUCUUCCACCGACUACACGGCGUGGGAUAAGUACGACCCUGAUACCGAAAUCAUGAAAAUCGACCUGGAAGAAGAAAAAAUCCGUCGCGAAGCAGCCAAAGCCAAAGAAACAGCGGAAAAAAUAAAAAAAGACGCUGAAAAAUUUAUUUACUCCAACACCAACGUGACGCCCGCGCAGGAAAGUUCAAAUCACAAGCAGCAACCGUCCAAGAAGUCAGCAAAGUCGGUUUCUUUCAAUCAGUACGCGACAGAGGCGGAGGCGCUGUUUAUUUCGGAAAGGGAGUUGGAAAAAGGGCGGGAAUUUUACAAAAAUGGCGACUAUGAACUGGCGUUGCAAAGUUUUUCGAGGAGUAUUGCUGGAAAGGCGAAUGUAACUAAUUUGAAUAACCGGGCUUUGACGUUUAUUAAGUUAAAAAGGUAUUCUGAUGCGCUGAACGACGCAGAAAGGGUUCUGAGCAUCGACAGGAACAAUGCGAAGGCGCAUCUCAGGAGAGCACAGGCUUUUGAAGGUCUGAAAAAUUACGAGGAAGCACUAAACAGCGUGGAAUUUGUGAUUGAAAAAGAACCAAACAAUGCAGUGGCACAAGAACUUGCUGACAGGGUACGAAGAUAUUGUCGCAACGUCUUGAAGAAUACCAGAAUAAAAAUCGUAGAAAUAGAAUAAUUAAAUUUGCUGACAAAUUAAGAAGUGUAAAAAAUUAUUUUUGGUACCUACUAAAAUAUGUAGAUAUCAUUUUUUGUUCAUCGAAAUGAAUUUUAUGUGUCAGUAAUAUAUGUAAUUAAAUACA